GACUUUUAUUGCUGUCGGAAAGUGUACGGUUCAUGUAGGACCUCUUGUGAUAAUUUAUCUCUGGUCAAAUUAUCACCACCUGCAAUGCGUUCAGAAUUGAAAAAAUAUUGUCCUCCUAUGCAAUUAGAGUUCUGGAGUUGUAUGAAUAGAACUAUAGAAGCCGCUCGUAAAAGUUAUCAGUGGUCCGGUCGUAGUUGUUGUGAUUUGGGUGUUUCACCGCGCUGCAUCAAUGCUUGUGUAACAUCAUCGUCUACCGGUGAAUUGAUCAAUGCCUGCCGCCAAAGUGAUGAACAACACAUGUUUGCAUGUUUCGAACGUCAAGAGGAUGGUGAUCGUUGCUGUGGCAAGGCACGCACCUCUGAAUGUUUACAGUCCUGUCGUGACAUCUUCGAACCUCAUACAGCCCAUAAAAGGAACAACUAUAAACGUUUGCAUGAAAUGUGUGGUGAAAAGAAUGCCGAUGUUUUGCAAUGUGUCCGAAAUGUUACGGACAUGACACCCGUUACCAACUCACACAAAUAUCUACCAUGUUGUGACUUUUCCGACAAUGAAAAUUGUCGCAACACUUGUCGUUCCGUCCUCAAUACUACUGAAAGUACGGAUAUUAUUAUAGGAGAACUGGAGGCGGGUGGUUGUGGUACUGUAUUACCUCAUCUACCUUUAUGGCAAUGUUUCUUCACGGCCGAGCGCAAAAUCUUUGUGCCCUCUGUUAUAACAAGUAGCCAAGAGACCGAGGUAUCACAAAUUAAUCGUUUGGGUAUAGAUGGUGCCAAAUUGCAGUGUUGUGAGAAGGCUCUAUCAUCUAAAUGCCGUAAAUUAUGUUUUCAAACAUAUACCACAGAUUGGACAAGUACAAUGAAUAAUUUUGAAACAUCCUGUUUAAUGAUGAUGCCAAAUGAAUUGGAAUUGCGUCAGUGUAUCGAUGAAGUAGACGAGCCGUGUGAAUUGGGUUGUGAUGGUUUAAGUUUUUGUACAAAUUUCAAUAAUCGUCCCACAGAAUUGUUUCGCAGCUGUACGGUGGAGGCCGAUAUGGCUGCUAAAUCGGAUUUAAUGAUGUGGCAACAGAGAGGUUUUGUUAGUUUGCCUGGAGGCUUAACCUUACCCAUUAAGAAUAUGACUCGAUGUUCCCCCGACAAGUGGAAGGCUAUAGCUUGUGUUUUACAAAUCAAACCCUGUAGUAUACAGGGACAUUAUAAUCAUAUUUGUAGAGAAAAUUGUUAUGAAAUUUUAAUGGAAUGCUUGGAUUGGACACGUUUAAAUACCACUUACAAUCCUGAAGCCAUUUGUGCUAGAUUGCAUCCAGAUGGUGAUGUCACAUCCUGUGUAUCGCUGAGACCUUAUUUAGAAGAAAGUGAUGCUCCUAAAGAGACGGGUGGUCAUCAUAAAAUCACCUCUCCCUGUCGUGGUCAUCCCUGCAAUGCUAGUGAUGUUUGUUUAGCGGCACGCAAUGGUUCUGCUACCUAUAAAUGUAUACCGGGUUGUGCUUUGGGAGAGACUUCCAAUUAUUUAGUUCCUUUUGGUGCUUAUGUUCGCAUUCCAGUACAAAUGACAGCUAAUCGUGGUGGUUUUAAGGUUUGUCGUUGUGGUUUACAGGGACGUAUCGAACAUUGUCAGCCUCUUCCCAGUGUUUCUUAUGAGAGUUGUGUUCUGCCGGGUGGUAGAAAGAUCAAACAUGGUACUUCCUUUUAUUUGGAGUGUAAUUUAUGUACUUGUUAUGCCGAAGAAAUAACCUGCACCAAAAAACAAUGUAAAAUGCCAGGUUAUACAGAUGUUUCUUAUACCAGUUUGCCCUGCAAUUGUCCUACCCACUAUGUGCCGGUAUGUGGCAGCAAUGGACGUACUUAUCCUUCUUUGUGUAUUGCCCGCUGUCUGGGUGUGCAGGACAGUGAUUUAGAGUAUGGUGCCUGUACGGUGUGGAAUCCUUGUACACCAGGAACCUAUCACUGUCCUGCAGGAACCCAAUGUUUGCCUCAUAGACAGAUCUGCUUAUCCAGUAUGCAUCGACCCUGUUUACAGUACAAAUGUGUUAAUCAAACGUUACCUUGUGGCAAAUCGGAGCAUUCGGUUUGCGAUUCUAAGGGUGUUACCUUUAAAUCAGCCUGUGAUUUACUCAAUUCCAAGUCUAGUUUCUCACAUUGGGGUUCUUGUAAUCGUGGUUGCAGCUGGAAGGGUCCCGUAUGCGGCAUUAAUGGUGUGGAUUAUCCUCAUGAAUGUGCUGCCUGGGCGGAUUAUAUUUUAGUGGACUAUAAGGGCAGAUGUCGUGAGGUAGGCUUGUUAACCAAUGAAAUGGAACGCAAAAGAUGUCGCCAAGUCAAAUGUUCCAAUACACCCUCACCCUACUGCCCUUCUAUUAUACCGCCCGGAGCCUGUUGUCCCAUUUGUGCGGGAGCUUUUCGCAUUAUUUACUCACGCAAACAAAUUGAUCGAGCUCUUUAUGCCUUAAGAGGCCAACACAAAGAUUUAUUAACCCUACAUAGUGUUUUGCGUGAAUUGGAUUCUUUAAUACAAAUAAGUGAAUGUCAACUAACCGGUUUCCUAACCAUGGAAGUCGGUAUAUUUGUGGCUAUUGUACCACGUACCAAUACACCCACACGUAUGCAAAUUGAGGCCUGCAGUAGAGAAGCGGAAAAGAUAUCCACAUUAAUAGCGGCCCAAGAACAUAAAAUUACCACAAAUCUGAUAUUAUCAGGCCUUACAGUAUCCAAUAUGCUGGAGGCAAAUGUCGAAAGUCACGCAACUGAAAGAUUUUCUUUAAGAAAUCUUUAUACGACGUUAUUGCUGAACAUAAUUAUAAGUUUGAUAUUUAGGAAAAUUUGGAUUUUAUAGUUUUAGAAAUAAUGAGAAUGAAAAAAAUUUAGAUAGUUUAUGAAGAAAGUCAUUUUGGUCUCCAAAAGCACAGAUUCAUUAAUAAGAGACCACUUUGUUAUAAAACAAAAAAUAAAUUAAGGAGGGAAAAGACAAUUUUAGGGGGUUUUGAGAAAAGGGUAUUGAUAUAUACUUUAAAAAGUGUAAAACGUUAACAAUUUUAAGUCGGUAUUGAAAGUUUAAUCUAGUCUAUAGCUUAGUCUUUAAAUGGACUAUAGCUGUCUAGUAUAUAACUAGGCUAUAGUCUGGCCUAUACUCUGGUCUAUAGCAUGGUCAGUAGUCUAGUAUGUAGCCUAGUCCAUAGUCUAGUCUGUAGUCUAGUGAAUUGCUUAGGCUAUAGUCUAGUCUAUAGUCUAAACCAUAGUCUUCUCUAUAGUCUGGUCUGCAUUUAGUCUAUAGUCUGGUCUGCAUCCAG